AUGACGGUUUCAGUGUCUUCCCUCUUCCCUGUCGGCUGGCAGAUCCUCACCAACGACGUGCUCACCGGUACCCUUGACAAGGACAAUUUCCAGGAGUACUUGUCCAAGCUUGCUUGGCUUGCAGCGCGAGCUGCAUCAUUGAUGUGCGCAACUACGCUCGCUGGAAAGGAGAGCCCGGAUAUCUGA